AGACGAGACCGGAGGGUGGGAGGUGCCAGACGCCGCUUCGCUUCACACCGCCCCGGCUUCUGUGAGGAAAGCGGCUGCUAAUCUACUGUUGGUCUGGCUGCUACGACCACCACCAUGAGCGGCCUGGAUGGGGCUGAGGGGGCCCCUCUCCUCCAGCCCUGCAGCCCCGAUGCUCCCGACGGUGCCACCGGACCCCCCGACCCACACCAGGGCCCGAAGCUCCGUGAGGAAACCGAGGCGGCACAGGUGAUGGCGGAGUCGGGGGAGGGAAGCUUGGAGGCCGUCGCGCCCCCACGGGCCCAGCUUCCAGAGGAGGAGGGAGCCUCGCACGACCCUGCGGCCUGCGGCCAUGGCCCCCAGUUCGGAGUCGGUGGGGGUCGCAGUUUCGGGGCGCCUGAAGCGGAGCUAGAACAGGCUCCGCCCCCCGUCGGGGCCCCGGGGCCUGGCGAGCUCCGCGGCGCCGGCGCGGAGAGGCCGGAGGCAGAGGUGGGGGCCGAGGCGAAGGCCGCGGAUGAGGCGAUGGUGGAAAAGGAAGGAGAGGAGGAGGAGAGAGUAAUGGAGCAGGAGGUGGAGGUAGAGAAGCCAGUAGGCGAAGUAGUAGAAAUGGCGGAGGCAAACAGAGCGGUGGCGGAGGCCGAGGCAAACAGAGCGGUGGCGGAGGUGAUGGAGGGGGCACGGCGCCGGCCCCUGAACGUGAAUUUCCGGCCCCUGAACAUGAAUUUCCGCGUGAACCUCCGCAUGAACCCCCUGGAGGCCAUCCAGCAGGAACUGGACGCGGUGAAUGCCCAGGCUGACCGGGCCUUCCAGCAGCUGGAGCAGAAGUUCGGGCGGAUGCGCCGUCACUACCUGGAGCGGCGGAACUACAUCAUUCAGAAUAUCCCGGGCUUCUGGGUCACCGCCUUUCGGAACCACCCCCAGUUGGCCCCCAUGAUCAGGGGCCAGGAUGCCGAGAUGUUAAGAUACAUCACCCAUUUGGAAGUGAAGGAAUUCAGACACCCGAAAACUGGCUGCAAGUUCAAGUUCUUCUUCCGAAGAAACCCCUUCUUCAGAAACAAGCUGAUCGUCAAGGAGUACGAGGUCAGAGCUUCCGGCCGCGUAGUGUCUCUCUCCACUCCCAUCGUGUGGCGUCGGGGUCAUGAACCCCAGUCCUUCAUUCGCAGAAACCAGGACGUCGUCUGCAAUUUCUUCACCUGGUUUUCAGACCACAGCCUUCCAGAGUCUGACAAGAUUGCCGAGAUCAUCAAAGAGGACCUGUGGCCAAACCCUCUGCAGUACUACCUGCUGCAGGAAGGAGUCCGUAGAGUCAGACGUCGCCCGAUAAGGGAACCAGUGGAGAUCCCCAGGCCGUUUGGGUUCCAGUCUGGUUAAACUUUGUCCUUGGGACUACCUCUGCACAAGGUCCCCUGACUGCUUGCUGAAACCUGUGCUGCAGCAACGGAAAGGGGUAUACCUUCUACUGUUUUUUCCCCUGACUUUCUAAGACCUUUUUCCUCUGGACAUUUGUUUACUCAACCGCAAGAUUGAGACCUUCAUGGCCAUGCUUCUCCACUUCUACACAGCCUGACUUUUCCAUUGAUAUGCAACCUUCAUGCUGUUGUGCAUUACUGUCACAUUCUGCAAGGCCAGGACUCACACUACUGCUGAGCCAAGUAACUAUGCUGUAUAUUUCACUGCCUUUUUCUGCACUGCUUGGACUUUUUGUUUCCAGGGCCUCUGGUGUGGUGGUUUUUACACCUGGGAUUCUAGCUUUGUCUAGAGGCCUGUUCUAUCCACUCUGCUCUGCAGGGCAGGCAUAUAGCCUGUGGACUUUUGCA